AUGGUACACUCACGGAAUGUUCUUCCCGCUGAUCCCAUACCUCAGCACUAUAAAGUGAGCAUUUUGCCGGAUUUUGAUACGUUUUUGUUCGCAGGUCAUGUCGACAUAAAGAUUGUCGCAAAACAACACCAAAAUAGCAUAACACUCAACUACAACGAAUUGACUUUCGUCAAGGUGACGCUCAAGCCCGCGAGUGAUCUAUCUCCUGAGGAGCAGGUCCCUAUCGAAGCAAUUGUGCUGAACGAACCUGAAAUGAAGGCAACAUUUCCUCUGCAAAAAGGUUUUAUUGGGGAAGCCAUACUAUCUAUUGACUAUACAGGCGCUAUAAACGACAAACUUGCAGGGUUCUACAGGAGUAAAUACACAGUCAAUGGAAAGGACGCCUACAUGGGAACUACACAGUUUGAAGCUGUGGAUGCACGUCGUGCUCUUCCUUGUUGGGACGAACCAGCAGUGAAAGCAGUAUUUGAGGUGGUUAUUACCGCACCUUCAAGUAUGUUGGUGCUUUCCAACAUGCCACAUUGCCAGAAGGAAGACCUAGGUUCUAAGACCCGCUGGUCUUUCGAGCCUACACCCAAGAUGUCAACAUAUCUUCUCGCUUGGACAAUUGGAGAAUUUGAGUGUAUUGAGAGGGGCAUCAAGAAGACACAUAAGGUGGAAAAAGGACAGUCUGAAGAAACACUUGUGCGUGUUUUUACACCAGAAGGAAAAAAAUCACAAGCUUCUUUUGCUCUUGAUGUUGCUUGCAGAGUUUUACCACUUUAUGAGCAAUUCUUCGAAUCCAAUUAUAUAUUGCCCAAGGUGGAUCUUCUUGCUAUACCAGACUUUGCUGCAGGUGCGAUGGAAAAUUGGGGUCUUAUCACUUAUCGUGAAGUUGCCCUUUUAUGCGAUGAAAGCUCAAGCGCUGUACACCGUCAACGGGUUGCUAUUGUGGUGGCUCACGAAUUGGCACACCAAUGGUUUGGCAACCUUGUGACUAUGGAGUGGUGGAGAGAGCUUUGGCUGAAUGAAUCAUUUGCAACUUACAUGGAAUAUUGGUCUAUAAACAAGUUAUUUCCAGAGUGGCAAGUCUUCACGCAAUUUGUGCAUGAUGAAAUCGCACGCGCCUUCAAGUUGGACUCAUUGCGAAGUUCUCACCCAAUUGAAGUAGACGUUCGAAAUGCGAAUGAGAUCGAUGAUAUUUUUGAUGCAAUCAGUUACAGCAAAGGUGGAAGUAUUGUUCGUAUGGCUAUUAAUUACAUCGGUGAAGAGGCUUUCCAGAGAGGUAUGUCUGCGUAUUUGAAACAUUUUGCUUAUGGAAAUGCAACGACGGAAGAUUUGUGGAAUUUUUUGGGCAAUGCGGCUGGAAAACAGCUGGCUCCUAUAUUAGAGUACUGGACAGGUAAACAAGGGUAUCCUUACCUCACCGUAACCUCAUUGGGAGACAAAAAAAGCCUAAAGGUGACCCAGAAACGUUUUCUUGCCACUGGUGACGCCACUUCAGCUGAAGAUGAGACAGUGUGGAAGAUUCCUUUGCUUUUCACAACACCGGAAAAAGGUAUUCAGCGCGCUACUGCUGAAGAGAGGGAAGCAUCCAUUGAUAUUCCCCAUCCUUCUUGGGUAAAAGUGAAUAGCGAUCAAUCUGCAUUUUGUCGCGUCUUAUAUGGAAAUAAAGAGUUGCUGCAGGAUUUGCUCCCUGCUAUUGCAGCGAAAAAGCUUUCCAAUAUCGAUCGUCUCAGUAUCAUUUCCGAUUAUCAUGCUUUUGCACGAGCUGGCUGCUGUAGUACAGUUGAAGCUUUAAAGCUACUUUCGUCGUAUGCUGAUGAGGAUGACUAUACGGUAUGGUGCUCUGUCGUGGACUUUGAAGUCGACUUGAAAACGAUAGUGACAACACAAGGUGAGAAAGCCGUGAAUGCACACAACACUUUCUUCCGAAAACUGUACUCAAAUGCUAUGAAAAAAACUGGUUUUACCCCAAAACCUAACGAUGAUCAUAGGGUUAUUCAGCUUCGUGCCACACUUUUUAAUCGACUCGCAAGUGCUGAGGAUCCGGAGACUGUCGCACAUGCUAUUAAAUUGUAUAAUGAGCGUCAGACAACAAAAAUACCUGCUGAUCUACGUUAUACAGUGUUUGCUGUGCAUGUGAAGAAGCAUGGCAGAUCCGCAUUUGAGGAGGUAAAGUUACUUGCGGAGACAACAACAGAGGCGAUGGAACGAACACAUUACCUUCGUGCUCUUGCUUCCUCGACAAUUGACAGCGUGGUGAGUGAGCUAUUCCAGUUUGCCCUCUCUGGUAAGGUUCGCAGCCAGGACGUCAUUUAUGUAUUCGGCGCUCUUGCUUCCAAAACCGAGAACGUGAAGACGUACGCCGAAGAGUUACGGCGAAUGUGGCCCAUAAUCGGGGAAAAACUUCCAGGCCUUAUUCUGGGCCACACACUGAAGGUACUUGAGUCUGCCGCAGAUGCAACCGUAGCAGCGGACAUGGAGGCGUUUUGGAAUAAGUUGGAUGAGAAGUCCAAGUUUGGUAUGACACGAAGCUUUCAGCAGAGCAUUGAGGGGCUGCGCAACAACGCAGCCUGGGUGUCCCGCGAUGCCAAGGCCGUUACAGAAUACUUGUUGAGUUCUCAGUGA